AUGGAACCCUUUGGGAUGGACCAGAUGGAGCUUCCCGGCGGCGAGGGUGCGGGUGGAUUGAGGAGUGCGCUUGUCCAAGCCAAGGGCCCCAAGUGGAGGUCAAUGUUGGGCAGGAUGAGCAGGGUGGACAUGUUUGAAGGGUAUGAGGCUGAGGAGGAUUGA